CAGGGGCACUUGUGCGGAACCUACGAGUUUUUCUGCUGUGAGACGAGACGCAAGAUUAAAGAAAAACAGGCGAAGAGGGAAAACGGGAAAUACGCGGGAAGUGUGUAGCAAAAUCGCCAAUUUUCACGCGCAACGAUUGACGAGAAUAAACAGCCUCACCAUUGAUCAAUUCCUGCAACUGCAAGAGCGGAUCCGUAACUUCGAGGGCAUGCUUGGCGGCGGCAGCGGGGAGCGUCUGUGCACGCCAAGCACUUCGGCCGGCCCAUUCCGCAUCUUCUCAGUUACUGGAUUCCAGAACCGGGCCAAUGACAUUGUCUACUGCCCGCCGAUUGUGCGCCAGCACUCGGUGCACGUCCCCGAGGACUCCACGGCCAUCAUCUACUUUGGCGGGGAUGUGCAGGACUUUCCGGAGAGCAUGGAGACGAACCGCGACAGCCGGGGUUACAUGAAGUACAACCUCGAGAACUCGGCCAUCCUGCUGCGCGAGGCCUUUCCUAGGUCACACAUCAUCGUCAUCCGGCCAGUGCGCAUGGAGUUCAAGACAUUCAGUUGCUUUGACAACUUUGUGAGGGGCAACAACGCUGGAGUUCCGGAUCACACGCCCAUGAACCAUGCCCUCCAGCACCUAGAAAAACUGCUCCAGAAUCUGUCGCAGCGCCUGAUCUCCAUACCCGAGAACGAAAUCCUCGAUCAGGCCGCCCAGGCAGCGGCAGCUGCGGCGGCGGUGGCUGCUGCUGCUGCCGCCGCUGCCCUGACGCUAUCCAACGCCACGGUCACAGCGGAGUCCAACUCACAGUCGGCACCGGCCAGCGACAGCAGCCAGGAGAUGGACAUCGACAUACUGCAGGUGCAGGAGAAUAUCACAGUGGAUGCGGAUGGCGCUGUUAUAUUCCCGAUAGAGGGCAGUGAGGCGCCAGAGACGGUGAACAAUGUAUCCGGCAAUAAUGGCAACAUUGGCGGCGGGAGCAACGAUGACAGCAGCAGCAGUGUGAACAACCACCAGGAACAGGUUAACAACCAGCAACUUCAACAGCAGCAGACGGCGACGGCUAUAAAGAUGACUUCGCCCACAACGGCGCUAAGUGCCACCACCAACAAUGUCGAGCACUACAACAACGACUGCGCCACGAGGACGGCUCCAGCGGCAACUGCAACAUCAGCCUCGGCCACUGCCACAUCCACGGCAACCAGCGACAGCAAUCCCCUGUGGUGGCGGGAGAACCUCAACCUGGACAAGUCCAAGCUGGUGCUAAUUGGCUUCAGCAAGGGCUGCGUCGUGCUCAAUCAAUUCAUCUACGAGUUCCACUAUCUAAAAACUCUGACGCCCGAUGACAGCAGCAUGUGCCGCCUGCUCUCCCGCAUCUCGGACAUGUAUUGGCUGGAUGGCGGGCAUGGGGGCCAGAAAAACACAUGGAUCACAUCGCGUAGUCUCCUGGAGACGCUAACCCGCAUGGCAGGCAUGAACAUCCACGUCCACCUGACGCCCUACCAGGUGCAGGACGACCGUCGACCCUGGAUUCGCAAGGAGGAGAAACUCUUCACGGAGAUGCUGAGACGGCUGAAUGCGCCGAUCACCCGGCACUUGCACUACGACAACCAGCCGGCGAACCUGAUGACCCACUUCGAGGUGCUGCAAGCCUUUUGCCAGCACGUCCAUGCGCUGAACCAGCAACAACAGCAGCUCCAGCAGCAGCAGCAACAGGGAGUGGCCAUCAGUGAGCAGUCUGCGGCGACGGUGGCCACCAACAAUGGGAGCAACAAUCUGUUGGAAGCCGGCGAGGAGGCAAAGUGACAGCUGCAACUGCAUCCGCACCACCACAGACGUCGCUUGCAUGCGAUGCGCAAAGGCACCGCCGCCCUCAAGCGUCAGCAGGUGGCGCAGCUGCGCCAGCACCAUCAGCAGCUGCUGGCCGCCGCCCCGGAGCUCGCACUGGCCUCCUCCUCGCGCCUGGCUGCGGCCCUGAUCUCGUCGGCAGUGGCUCUGAGCGCCUCGUCCGCGAGCCUUGUAAAUAAUCAUCAUCACCACGGCCAUAUGCAGCAGCCGCCACAGGCGCGCCAUCACCAUCAUCCGGCAACCACUCACAGGCAUCAUCACCACCACCACCACCACUCACAUCACCACUCGCACCACCAUCAUCAGUGUCGCUCGAAACGCAAACUGCAGAAAUUGUAUUAUACGCUUUGCCGUUAGAUCUGUAACUAAACUAUAUCUAUGUAUACUUGUAUGAGAGAACGUUUCUUAGAACCACCAGCAACAUCAGCACCUAGCCUAAGUCGAAUCACGCCUAUCACGCCCCCUACUAUAUGUUCAGAGCUUCGUACCUCCUUUUUGUAUAUGUAUUUAUUUAUUCCAAGUUUUUUUUCUUAUUUCCAAACAUCUUACUUUCGUAAUUUACCCUUAACUGAAAGAACAAUCUCAUCAGUGCAAUAAUAUACAUACAUCUGUAAAUGUAUAUUAAUAUAUACAUAUAUUAAUAUGCUGAUUUUAAAAUCAUCUCUUAUUUUAUACAAACACUCCAAUCUAUUUAUUUGUAAUUGAAAAAGAUUUGUGAUUUGCGCACAGGAUAAGAACUUCGCAGAGCAUCCACUGUAAUUGUAGCGUGUCUCAAGCAAUUUUCGUUUUAAGAACCCCAAGGAAUUUAUAUAUCACCCGCACAGACGCAUUAACCUAACCAGCCUAGAACACACACACACACCCCACAAAGCCCUCUGAUUAAGUAUUACUUAGCAUAAGCCCUACUUUAAGUUGCAACUGGCAAGAAAACCACAACAAAAUGUACUUUACUUAGGCCGGUCCUCAGUUUCGAUCGCGAACUGGGAUCAAAGUAUCAAAUUUGUGAGACGAGAAUCUUCUCGUCCAGGCAUAGUAUACGUAGUUUUUCUGAUUGUGCUGGACAAGUCAAUGAAGUAGAGCUGAAAAAUCGAUGUUAUCGAUGGUGUAUCGAUUACAAAGAGUAUAAUAUCGAUAUUGUCGGUGUUUUCAAGCUCUUCAAUAAAUUACUCAAAUGCGAAUAAAGUGAAUUUUGCCAAGUCA